AUGUCUUGGGUCAACAUAUUUUACCCAGGAAAUCCUGAAAAAAGGGAGAAAGUAAUUUGUUUAAGUCAGGAGUUGCUUGACUGCAUGGAAGGAAAUUUCUAUGCUACGAAUGUACUGAGUGAUGUCUGGAAUAUAUACAUGGGGACGAGAUUCACUCGCUUAAGUAUCAAAAAAGAAAACAGCAUUAAAGAUAACUGUAACAUUCUGACAGAACGCAUCUAUGAAAUCAAGGGGGAGAUAGAUAAAUUGGAUGCAAAAUUGAAAGAAAGUAUUGUUUCAAAACUACAACUGAUUGCUGCUUCAGCACUUGGACCUAUUGUAAUUGGUUUACUUUAUGUAGGUGUUGACAUGAUAAUUAGUGCCAUUUAGGAGGCAAUAGAAGGAGACCAGCUUGAGGCAACUAUUUCAAAAUAUGAAAAGUGUCUGGCUGACUUUAAACCAGCUUCUAGAGAGUACCAGAAACAAGAAAAGCCUGAAUCUCACACUAUUCAAAGUCUUGAACAAAAGACUCUGGGUGGAUGA